AUGGCGGAAAAUAAUAUUCGACUUCGCAAACGACCAUUACAUCGUCCACGAAUUUCUAAAAGAAGCAUAAGCAGUGAUAUAUCCAAUGACUCAUUUUGUUUUGAAAGUGAUAAUCAACAACAACAACAAACACAGCAGCGUUCUUUAUACGUUCGUAAAAAAGUCGAAGGUUUAAUUUGUAGUAUUUGUGAAGGACUAGCACAUGGGUAUAAUUUUGAUGCAAUCACAUGUGAAUCAUGCAAAGCUUUUUUUCGACGAAAUGCAUUGAAAGCUGACGGAAUAUCUAAAUGUCGUAUAAAUAAUGGUCAAUGUAAAAUAACAGUAUCAACAAGAAAACAAUGCAAAGCAUGUAGAUUAGCAAAAUGUUUUGACAAUGGUAUGAGAGCUGAUUGGAUAUUAACGGAUGAAGAACGGUCCAAUAAACGACUAAAAAUUGAAGAAAAUCGUCGUCUUCGACAAAUGUUAUAUCCAGAUUCACCAGAAAUAGAUAAAAUAGAAAUUAUGCAAACUAUAAUUGAAUCCUGUGAUCUUGAUGAAGUCGAAGAAGAUGAUAAUCAUGAUAUUAAUCCUAGUGUAUCAUCAUUUGCAACACCGCUCACAUCAUCAUCAUCAUCAUCCUUAACGUCAAACGAUUUGAUAAAAAUUCAACAAAUCGAACAAGCCUAUAUUGAUUCUAUUCGUUUGACAUCAUUAUCAUCGGACUUUCCUCCAUAUCCUCAAUCAGCACCAGUAAAUACAACGCCAAAUUUAUUUAAUUUUUUAACAAAUAUUUUAGCAACACGUCUUAUAACAUAUCUUAAACUUUUACCAGAAUUUUCAUCAUUAAAUUCACAUGAUAAAUUAAUUUUAACAAAAUUUAAUACAUUUACAUUAACAUAUAUUCGUGCUACAUUAAACUAUGAUCCAUCAACAGAUAUUUAUCAUGAACCUAAUACCGAUGAAUGUGUUUUUCUAAACGAGGAUAUAAUUCAAUGUCAUUCUAGUUUACAUCAAUAUAAACUAACAAUUAAUUGUAUAAAAAAUUUAUUAAAAGCUUCAUUAAAUGAUCGAUUUUUACUUCAAGUAUUAUUGAUUAUUAUGGCACUUUCAAAAGGUUCAUCGAUAUGUACAAACUUUGAUGAAAUGGAACCAAUAGCACAAGAUAUUUUAUCAAUAUAUCAUGCACAAAAUGUAUUUGUUGAUUUAUUAUGGAAAUAUUGUGAAAAUAAAUUUGGUUUUUCUACAACAGUAAAAACAUGGCUAAAUCUUACAAUAUACUCAAUGGAUACACAUUUACAAGCAUAUGAUUUUCGACAUCGUGCGUUUAAAAAUCAUGCUAUUAGUGAUCAACUGUUACCAUUAAUUAAAUCUGUUCUGAAAAAAAUACUGAUAGAUAAAGGUAUUAAACAAGCAUGGAAUCGUCGAUAUUCUAAUCAAGUUCAUUCAGGUGUUCGAGUUAAAAUACAACGAAAAGAUAAUCAACAAAUUCAGUCGAAAUCGAAAUCAACUUUAUCAGAUACAACAAAUCAUAUACAAUCGAUGUUAAAACGUUUAUGGAUUGAAUCAGAAACAUCAGUAUUAAAACAAAAACCAGUUUUAAAUAAUAGUUUUCGCGACAAAAAUAUGAUUAGUAUUGGUAUACAAACAGUAGGAAUACGAAAAAUUGAUCAACAAACAUCAUGUAAUAUUAUCAGAUCAAUUGUAGAAAAAAAUCGAUCAUCAUCAACAUCUCUAAGUGAAACAUUAACAUCAGAUGAAAAUUCAACAUGUACGAAUAAUUCUUUAACAGAAACGUCAACGGUUAGUAGUACUACUUCAAAUACAAAGAAGAAUAAAAAUCGAAAUAAUAAUGCAAUUGAUAAUGAUAUCGAAUGUAACGAUAAUCAAAUCACAAUAAAAGAAUUCAUUACGGAAAAAUCAAAAAUACAACUUUCGCUAAAUAAUCAACAAGACAUUACACACGGUUAUCCGCAAUCGAGUUUAUUAUCAAGAAAAAAAAGAUUUUUUGAUAGAUUUCUUAAUCUAUUUUCGUUCCUUCAAUUAUCAUCAUUUAAACAAGAUCAAAUUUGUAUACCAAUAAAUCCAGUAAUCACUGAUGCUGAUCAAAAUAAAGGAAAUAAAAUUGUUCAACCACUAACUUCUCGUUGUCGGCGACGAUCUAUAAAUAGAAAUUUCAAUUGUAACUCAUUGAUCCAACCAAAAACUAAUUAUACUCAAAUAGAAACAGAAGAAAAUUCUUCAUCUAAACUUAAUAAUUAUUUAGAACAAAAAAUUUCGAAAUAUUCCAAAUCAGAUACAUCAAUAUUAAUCAAUAAACAAAUAAAUAAUUCUCAUUCUCAAAAACGCCGUUCAUGCCGAUCGAAUAAGAUAAAUCGACGUAAACAUAAAUAUCGUCGCCAUCGGAAAAAACAAAAAUAUAUUCAGUCAUCACAUUCUCAGCUAACAAUUUCAUCUACUGAUAAUAAUCAAUCUAAAUUACACAAUGAAGAAAAUCUAGAAGUCAAACAAAUAUCAGUCACUCAUUCUGAUAUUGAGAAGAAUCCAUCGGAGAAAUGUGAUGAUAAUCUUACAAUAGAAGUGAUUCCAUCGAAUGAUUAUCAACAUUAUUCGUUUCAUCCAUCAAUAGAUUUAAUUCGUCUUCGUGUUAAAAAUAAGAAUUUAAUAUCAACUUUAUCAAAAUCUAACAUACCACGAAUAUCUAUCGAUCAUGUAGAUGAUAAAAUUCAAAUUCAUCAAAUGAAUUUAGUUAAUGAAUUUAAAUCACUUCUUGAACAAACAAAAAAUAUUCAUAUUAAUAAUAAUGCAUUUGAUGAUGAUUUAAGCAUUAAUACGUCUCCAAUUCCAUUUAAAAAGAAUAUCGAAGUAGGGAAAAAUCAGAAUGAAAAUAAAUAUCAACGUACAUCUAUUCUCUCAUCAGAUAGUCAAUCUAUAUUAACUGAAAAUAAAUCUAUAGAUAUGUCUCAAGAAAUACAAGAACAAAAUAAAAUUAUUCAAGAAGGUGUUGACCAAUUAAUACGUUAUCAAAAAUAUGCUAGACAAUAUAAAUUAAAAAGUAAUAAAGCAGUUAAACAAUUUCUUAUAAAAUCCAAGGCAUUAUCUUCUGAAUCGCUUUAUAAAUUAUCAAUUAAUAAUGAACCAUAUUUGAUACAUAAAUAA